AUGAACAGUAGGACGAGGGAUAAUGGUGGAGGCCCAUACGAGGAGCGGAACAAAGAACCUCGAGAUAAUAAUUCCUCCAGACAUAACCAAUCUUAUAAUAAAAAGCAGGACAGACAUGAUGAUGGCAAGGAAAGGAAAAGCCAAGCCACUAUUGACAAUUUUGGAAGGAAAGUUUGGGACAAGGAUUAUUAUAAAAAGAAAGCUGAAGAAAAAACGAUAAAUGAGGAGGACGAACUUAUUCUGAAGUUAUUACCUGACUUGAAGAAAAAAAAAGUACCUUCUCCUCCACCUCCAUCUGAAAGGAAACUAUUAGAAGGAAGGAAAGAAAUAUUAACACUUGAAAAAAACUUAGGCAAGGUACAAAUAGUAACAGAAAAAACAAUUAAACAAGAGCAAGGAGGUUACUACUGUAAAAUAUGUGACUGUGUGUUGAAGGAUUCUCAAACCUAUCUGGACCACAUCAACGGGAAAAAUCACAACCGCAUGCUUGGUUAUAGCAUGAAGGUGAAAAGGGUCGCACUUAGUGAUGUUAUUAAGAAAUUGGACAUCCUGCGAGAUGCCAAGAGGAAAAAGUCGCAACAGGAUGAUGUUCCUGUGGAGAUGGAUCCUGAAAGAAGAGUCAAAAAGAGGAUCCUCGAUUUGCAACAAAUGGAAGACAUGAAGGUACAGCGGCGGAAGGAAAAAAAGUUACUUAAAAAAUUGGAGAAGCAACGGAGGGAUGAGCAGGAAGGGGCCGAUGUGUUGGAGCAAGACGACCAGCAGGAUGACGAAGAUGCUCAGCUACGCAACAUGGGUCUCCCCACGUCCUUUGCCUAA